AUGCCCCCGAGGAGUCGAGAUGCCUCUGGCCGCUUUUCGCGUGCGCCGGCGUAUAUGUCGGGUAACCCGAGGCAGGCAGGCCGCGCUAUAUGGCUUGAGAAUAAAGCCUCCUCUAGUAAAGAGCGAGAGGAUGAGGAGAUGGCGUCUGAGGCGUCAGGCACCACAGGCAGUGGCAACGAGAGCGAAGACGACGAAGAGAUGGACUCCAGCGGCGAAGAGGAUCCUGGCAGUGAGAUGGACGAGGACGAGCCGACAGAUGAUUCGCACGAAUCGGACUUGACUUUGGUUGAGACAGAUGCGGAAAUGGCUUCAGACGAAUCAAGUGAAUCAGGUAGUAGCGACGAAGAGAUCAACUCCAGUCAGGAAUGGCCGCGGUCGGAGCCUCGAGAUAUAGACGAGUCUUGGCCGUAUCAUUUCGAGGUGAAUGACAAGGUGUGGUACGGAUCCAUAUCGCAUUACUGGGCGCUAUAUUACCCAGGAUGCAGGGCCAAGAGGGAGUGUUCGCCGCAACAUGGCAAUAUCAAGCCAGAUACGCCGCAUAUCAGACGAUUGCUGGAAGCUGCUGGGGUGGACGUUCCCGCCCGCCUGAGUCUGGUGUAUGGUAAAACGCCAAAAUGA